AUUUCUUCCACGAUCGAUGACACGACCGGCUAGUACAAAACGCACACCGUGACAUGGGGCGAACAUCAUCCGAUUAGUGCAUUUAACAUAGAAUCGGUUGCCCUUGAUUCGACACUCAGCUCUUGGAAGCCGACGGGAAAACACGUUAGUUGCAAACGUACUAAAAAUCUUAUCAACAUGUCGAAGAUCGGAAUCAACGGAUUUGGCCGCAUCGGUCGUCUGGUUUUGCGUGCUGCAAUUGCCAAAGGCGCUCAGGUAGUGGCCGUCAACGAUCCUUUCAUCGGAGUUGACUACAUGGUGUACCUGUUCAAGUACGAUUCGACUCACGGUCGUUUCAAGGGAGACGUAUCCGCCCAGGACGGUAUGUUGGUUGUGAAUGGCCAGAAGAUCCAGGUCUUCCAGGAACGUGACCCGAAAGCUAUCCCAUGGGGCAAGGCUGGUGCUGAGUACAUCGUUGAGUCAACUGGUGUAUUUACCACAAUUGACAAGGCAUCGGCUCACUUGGAGGGUGGUGCCAAGAAGGUUAUCAUCUCGGCUCCAUCAGCCGAUGCACCGAUGUUCGUUGUUGGUGUUAACCUAGAAGCUUACGAAACAUCGAUGAAGGUCGUAUCGAACGCUUCCUGUACCACCAACUGCUUGGCUCCACUUGCCAAGGUCAUCAACGAUAACUUCGGUAUUCUGGAGGGUCUGAUGACUACUGUUCACGCUACCACCGCCACCCAAAAGACCGUCGAUGGUCCAUCUGGCAAGCUGUGGCGUGAUGGUCGUGGUGCUGCCCAGAACAUUAUUCCAGCAGCCACUGGUGCUGCCAAGGCCGUCGGUAAGGUCAUCCCAGCCUUGAACGGUAAGCUGACUGGUAUGGCUUUCCGUGUCCCAACCCCGAAUGUGUCGGUCGUCGAUUUGACUUGUCGCCUGCAGAAGCCUGCUUCGUACGAUCAGAUUAAGCAAAAGGUUAAGGAAGCCGCACAAGGACCUCUAAAGGGAAUCUUGGACUACACCGAAGAGGAAGUCGUUUCCACCGACUUCGUUGGUGAUACCCAUUCUUCGAUUUUCGACGCUAAGGCUGGAAUUCAACUAAGUGACACUUUCGUCAAACUUAUUUCGUGGUACGACAACGAAUAUGGUUACUCUAACCGUGUCGUCGAUCUGAUCAAGUUUAUGCAGACCAAGGACUAAAUAGCCUACUACCCCUGUCCAGCUACAUUAACAAAAACACUUCUCUCAGGGCUUGAUGCCACUGAUCUGUUGUUACACAUAGACACUGCGUAUCAUACACUUACAAAACAAGAACAGAAACCCAACACCUCAACUACGUCAAAGUGUGAUCCUCCUGUACUAACGGAACAAAAAGGAGUAAACCAAUGAUUAAACGCACCCAACAAAACAAUUACACACAUCUGUUUAGUUGAUAAGAUUAAUGAUAAUAAUUAUAACUUUUAAUUGCCGAAAAAUGCUGAAAAUUAGUAAUACUUGUUGUGUAUUGUCAAGAAAUUCAUACCCCAAAAUAUGAUCGCUUAAGGUUAGAGAGAGACAGACAAAGGAGCUACUAUAUAUUAGCGCGCAUUGCUGACCCCGGCUGCGCCCACGAAGCAUAACAUCGCUCAGCGUAAACUCGAUCGUGGGCAUUGAGCAGCAGGGACACGGCAAACAAUAUCGUAGCAAUAGUCAGGUAUUUCAUUUUGAAAAUGAUGCAUUAUGGAAAGGAAUAAAGAACCUAGAUUGUUACUAGUCGAGUCAAUAACAGUCAGAA